AUUUUGAAGAACCCGUAACAUUAACGUGAAUUUAAUCCAUAUUAGGAAUUACUAAGGCGUGGUUGUGAAGGGAAAACCCAAUGAAGAAAAGCGUAAAUUUACGUACAAUUUCAGCAUACACCAAUGGUGGCUGUGUAGGUGGGGUUCACUGGUAAACACAAGGUAGCCGGUUGAAAUCAGCGUAGCAGCGAGCCCCGAGGCCGAGGACUAGAGGACGAGCGACAGGACGGAGAGUUAUUCGGGGGUUGGCAUAUUCCGCUUUGGGGGGGUAGGGGAGGACAUACUCACUGACAGCCCGGCGGCGAGGUUGGGCCUGUAACCUAUCACCCAGGAAAACAUGGAACUGGAGAAUAUCGUGGCCAACACGGUUUUGCUGAAAGCGAGAGAAGGGGGCGGCGGAAACAGAAAAGGAAAGAGCAAGAAAUGGAAGCAGAUGCUCCAGUUCCCCCACAUCAGCCUCUGCGAGGAGCUACGGCAGGCCAUAGAGAAGGACUACCACAGCCUGUGUGAGAAGCAGCCAAUCGGACGCAAGCUUUUCCGCCAGUUCUGCGACACUCGGGCGGAGCUGAGGCGCUGCAUUAAAUUCAUGGACGCUGUGGCAGAGUAUGAGGUCACCCCUGACGAGAAGAGGAGGGAGUGCGGGCAGGAUGUGAUAAACACCUACUUCAACCCAAAGUCGGAGGACCAUGUUCCCGAGGUGACGGAGGACAUGGCGAACGAGUGCACACAGCGGCUGGAGGAGGAGGCCUGCAAGGAGCUCUUCAAGGAGUGCACCAAGCUGAUCCACGACUACCUGAGCGUGGCUCCCUUCGCUGACUACCUCGACAGCAUGUUCUUCAACCGCUUCCUGCAGUGGAAAUGGAUGGAGAGACAACCAGUCACAAAGAACACAUUCCGGCAGUACAGGGUGCUGGGGAAGGGAGGUUUUGGAGAGGUGUGUGCGUGCCAAGUCCGGGCCACAGGCAAGAUGUACGCCUGCAAGAAGCUCGAGAAGAAGAGGAUCAAAAAGAGGAAAGGGGAGUCCAUGGCGCUGAACGAGAAACAGAUCUUGGAAAAAGUGAACAGUAGAUUUGUGGUCAGCCUAGCGUACGCGUACGAGACGAAGGACGCCCUGUGCCUGGUGCUGACCCUGAUGAACGGCGGCGACCUCAAGUUCCACAUCUACCACAUGGGCGAGGCCGGGUUCGAGGAGAAGAGGGCCGUCCUCUACGCCGCGGAGAUCUGCUGCGGCCUGCAGGACCUGCACAGCGAGAGGAUCGUGUACAGGGACUUGAAGCCUGAAAACAUCCUAUUGGACGACCACGGUCACAUCCGAAUAUCGGACCUGGGACUGGCCGUGCACGUGCCGGAGGGGCAAACCAUCAAAGGCCGAGUGGGAACCGUGGGGUACAUGGCCCCGGAGGUUGUGAAGAACGAGCGCUAUACCUUCAGUCCGGACUGGUGGGCCCUGGGCUGCCUGCUGUAUGAGAUGAUCGAGGGCCAGUCCCCCUUCCAGCAGCGCAAGAAGAAGAUCAAGCGGGAGGAGGUGGAGCGGCUGGUGCGGGAGGUGGAGGAGGAGUACUCCGGAAAGUUCUCCGAGGAGGCCAGCUCCCUCUGUAAGAUGCUGCUGGCCAAAGACCCCAGCGUGCGGCUCGGCUGUCAGGGGGGCGGAGCCACAGAGGUGAAGGCCCACCCCCUCUUCCGUUCCAUCAACUUCAAGCGACUAGAGGCCGGUAUUCUGGAGGCUCCCUUCAUCCCUGAUCCCCAGGCCAUCUACUGUAAGGACGUGCUGGACAUAGAGCAGUUCUCCACUGUGAAAGGCGUGGAGCUCGAGCCAAAGGACGACUCCUUCUACACCAAGGUCUCCACGGGCAGCGUGCCCAUCCCCUGGCAGAACGAGAUGAUUGAGACGGAGUGCUUUAAGGAGCUCAAUGUGCUCUAUCUGGACGGGACGGUCCCCCCCGACCUGGACUGGAGGGGUCAGCCGUCGCCCCCACCCAAACAGGGGCUGCUGCAGAGGCUUUUUGGAAGACAGGAGUGCUGUGGGAACUGCAGCGACAGCGACGAGGAGCCCACAAGGAUUUGAGGCUCUGGUGCCAGAGCAUCCCCCCAUUUGUUUACAAUUUUUGCACAUUUGUAUUUUUAAGAUAGUUCUAUAUAAAUAUGGGAAUGUAUAUUUUCAGUAUAUAGCCAUACAGUAAAUGUUAUUUAAAAAGAAAAAAAAAAAAGGUCA